AUGGGUGUCGGACCAACCUUGGGAACUGGUGUAUUUCUCGCCGGCGGCCAAGCGCUGGCCGUCGGCGGACCGGGCUCCCUUCUCGUUUCAUACAUUUCACUUUCACUUCUUGUUUACUUUAUGGCCACGAGUGUAGGAGAGGUCGCUACCUAUGGGCCAAGACGUCAUGGCACGAUGAUCAUGCACGGUUACCGAUACAUGAAGAACAACAGCUUCGCAUUCGCCACUGCUUCUCUCCGUUGGUAUACUAUGGCGAUGUUUGUUCCGUACGAAAUCAUGACCUCGAUGGUCACUAUCGGGCAAUGGACUCCUGGGAAGCCAAUCGGAACGUGGCUGAUCCUCGUCACCCUCAGUACUGUCGCGUUAAAUAUCGUCCCUGAUCACAUUUUCAAAAGCUCGGAAAAGUUGCUUCAUCGGGUCAAAAUCGGCACUCUGGCUUCUCUUGUCGCCCUUUCUUUGUCUAUCUGCUUAGGAGGGCGGACAGGCUACGAUCGUUGGGGGUUUCAAUACUGGAAGAAUCCUGGGGCUAUGCCUGAAUAUUUGGCUCGUGGAUCUGUGGGGAAAUUCUUAGGUUUUCUGCAAAGCCUUCAUCUUAGUACCGCCGCUUUCUCUUUUGUUCCAGAGAUGAUCGUGCACCGGGCUGAGCUGGCCGAAGCUACGGAUGAGACUGAGAUCACGGAACAGAUACAACCCGCGGAAAAUUCCAACAUUCCCAGGAAGGUCACAGCGGAUGUCUUUCAAACAACGGUGCCUUACAUCUUAAGUUCCUUGUGUAUGGGAGUCAUGGCUCCUUACAACGACCCUUUACUCACCAAUAACGGAACAGGGGCCGGUAUGUCCCCGUUUGUCAUCGGUAUGUACAGGGCAAGAAUUAAAAUCAUUCCUGUCACGGCUACGGUUGCGAUCUUUCUUUCGUCGGUGGCAUCGAGCCACACUUUCUUAUACCUUGCUUCUCGCUCGUUACAAGCCAUGGCACAAGCCGACCAGGCUCCCUCGAUGUUCAAAAUUCAAAAUAGCUGGGAUGUCCCAUGGGUGUCUGUACUCUUUACUUCGACCUUCACCAGCCUUGCCUUGUUUUCAAUGGCCACAUCAAGCUCCAUCAUGACAACCUAUUUUAUUCUUUUCGUGAGCAGCUCUGGAUACCUCUCCUGGAUGCUUUCGUGUGUCAUUUACCGCCGUUAUCGUCAACACCUGCAUGCGCACAAGGUUACCACUGCUUACCGACAUUCCGUCCAACCACUUGGCUCUAUCGUGAGCUUUAUUGUCAGCACUCUUCUACUGUUAUCCAAUGGGUUGAUUUCUGCCGUUCCAGGGAACAAGACUGGGCCCCGCGGUGCUAGAAUUGCGAUGUCGUAUCUCAGUAUCCCCCUCUUCGUUUUCCUAUAUCUCAUUCAUCGGUUUGGAGAGGCGAUUCCACGUCAUUUUGACAGCCAAAAAAGCAGUGUGAGGGAAGCACCUGAAAGUCCGACCAAAACUCCGAUCACUAAAUACCCUCCACCAGUACGUCUGCCACAUGGGCGCUCACUUCAGCCCCCAGCUGCUAUCGAUUUGGAUCAAGUCUGGGUGAUGGCCAGAGAAGCACGAGAUACCUAA